AUGGACUUGGUACCGAUGGGAAGGAGAAAGCGCGAUUCACGGACCGUAGCGGGAUUCACGGGCGAGGAGGAGCGACAGGCGUCCCCCUCCCCUCUCUCCCUCCCCUCCCUCCCUCCCCUUUCCUCCUUCACUCCCUCCCUCCUUGCCACGCCCAUCGAUCCCGAAUCCGGCAGUCGAGACGUGCUGAUAUCGAGUCAAGUCAUCACUUGCGAGUUGCUCAAGGUCCUCAUAGCCCUCACGGCCAUGUUCCUAGACGGCUCUCUCUUCACCGUCUGGCGCCACUGGCGCCCUCUGGACUCGUUAGAAGCUGCUGCGGUACCAGGCCUGCUGUACGCCGCCCAGAACACGCUCAUCCAGAUGGGCUUGCGCCACCUGGACUACCUGACAUUUAACUUGCUGAACCAGACAAAGCUUCUUUUCACGGCCCUGUCUAACUACCUCUUCCUCGGAAUCCGCCAGACCCGGAAGCAGAUCGUCGGCCUCUGCCUGCUACUCGUCGCCGCCACACUACUCACCCUCAGCCCCGGCCCUAGCUCUAACCCUGGGCCUGGGCCUGGGCAGAAUCUGUCCCAGGGAAGCAGUGCGGCAGAGGGAGGAGCCUUAGGGGGGGACGGAGCAGGAGAGGGGUUGUCCAGGGCUGCUGGCGUGGCUGCUGCUGCUGCUGCUGCUGCUGCUGCUGCUGCUGCUGCUGCUGCUGCUGCCGCGGCUGUUGUUGCAGCAGGAGUGGCGUGGGAGAGGGUGGUGUUGGGAGUGGUGCCGGUGCUGGUGGCGUCUGUGACGUCUGGGCUGGGAUCAACGCACAACCAGUGGCAAGUGCAGGUCAAGAGGCGCAGCCCUCAUCUAUUCACAAUCGAGAUGUGUUCCCUCACGUCCUUCGUCCUCUUCGUCUCCCUCCUCUCCUCUCAAGACGGCGCCCGCAUGCGUCAACUCGGCUUCUUCCACGCAUGGACGCCGCUCACCGUCAUCCCAGCUCUAUCCAACGCCAUAGGGGGCAUUCUCGUUGGGCUUGUGACCAAAUACGCAGGGGGCGUUAAGAAGGGCUUCACAGUGAUAGCGGGUCUGCUGGUAACCGCCAUAGUGCAGUAUGCUCUCGACGGCACGCCUCCCUCCCUCUACGUCUGGAUGGCCCUCCCACUCACCGUCCUCAGCACCUACCUCUACUCCUCCUCCGCCGCACCCCCUGCUGCUGCUGCUGCUGCUGCUGCUAAGAAGAGCAAGGAGCUCUAA